AAUAAUCAGAGUAUUACUGAAGUCUAUUGUGAUGUGACCUACAAGACCGCAAAAGAAAGAUUUGAGUUAUAUGAACUCAUUAGUACCUUUGAAGGCUCAGGAUACCUAUUAGUAUAUCUUAUUUUAGAUACUACAG